AUGGAUCGUCUUCCCGAUUCUGGGGAGCAGCAGUCGACUGCUGGCCCCAGCCCUUCAACACCGCCGAAUUGUUCUGGUACGCAUUAUUUCGGGUUGAAACAUGAGCUUAUGGAGCGGCUUCGGUUCUGCGCAGCUCUAGAUAGAAGAUUUGCGAAGGCCUGGUUCGACGAGCUGGACAUGGAACGCACCGGCAACUUCGGUAAUAUUGUCGAAGUGGGCAGAAGCAUGUAUACCGGUGCAGAAUGGAGCGGAGGUACUUCUGCUCAAGACGAGUCGUCUCGGGAAGCCUCUGAGGCUGCGUGCCAAUGGAUUUCUUUUGAAAUGCAAGAUCUUGAAGAUAGAGAAAAAAUACUGACCAAGCACGUAGAAGCCCUCAGUCGUCAGUACGAAGACUUGAUGGAUGAACUGGGAGAAUCCGAUCAUGGCGAUAUUGUUCUGUUACCGGAUCGCGCCGUCCCACGCAACUGUGAGCCGCGACCAGCACCUGGAGGGAGCGACAUUCGCCGCAUUGCGGCGAUUGUUUCUGCAAAAGAAAAUGAGCAAGAAAGCAACUUGUACCACCUGCGCCACUGGGACCUCAGCCGCAGGCAAAAGCGUUUGCCCGGACAGUCAAAUGUAGAAUGA